AUGACUCUGCUCGGUGACACACACGGCCUCACCGUCACAGUCCCCUCGUUGCCGCCCCUCGUCAAGCCGCAUUCGCUGCUCCACGCGCUCCGAGGCGUGCCAAGCUUGACGCCUCAAUCGCUGCGCAUCUCAUGCGGUCGCUACAAGCGUGCCGAACCUCGAGAGCCAACUUUGCGGAUGGAUGCAGUGCCGCCAGCUCCGCCACCCCGCACUGGCUGGCCCGACUGCACAUCUGCGAUAGGAACUGUCGAGGCAGAAAGGCUGCAAAGGCUGCGCGGAUUUGGGUUUGCCAGCCACACAGCGGUAUGCUUUUUGGGAGGCGGCGGCGGCGGCGGAAGGGCCGUCUCAACCGCACGCGCUCGCCAUUUUUUCGCCGACCCCACGGUUGGCAGACUCCGACAGGGCCGAACAAGCCAAGCCACGGCGAGCUCCGAGCCACUCUCCCUCUCGCUGCACCGCCAAUGUCCGCCAGAUUCGGCAAGGUUGCGCAGCUCGGCCCUCUCGCCCAGGCUCGUCACUGCUGCUGUGCUCCUUCUGCAUGCACAAACUAUGCUCGCUUCCGCGCACCUCCUGCAAGACGGUUGCUGGAAGUACUACCGUCCCGUGAUGCUCAUGUACCCCGCUCAAGCAGACGCUGCAGGGUAUCCUUGGCUGCAUCUGCACGAGCUACCCCGCACCCGCCGUGAACGCGGGGUGCCUUGCUCCGUCGUCCUGCUUCAUCCUCGUCUUGACUGUGGCCACGCCACCGCGCGCACGCCGGAGCAGGCAACCGACCUGCAAAAGGAUACUUGGCACAGCUCGCUCCUCAGCGCAUUGCUGCCACGCAUGCUUGCCUGCCCCCUUCCCCUUGGCUUCCCCUCGUGCACUUUGGUCCAAAGGUCGAGCUCUCCCUCCCCGCCCAUCCACACUACCUCCAUACUCCGUCCUUCGGCACCACGCCAUCAGUCUACAGCCAUGUCGCAGCCAGCUCAGACGCCAAGCUACAUCCCCGCCGAACAGCUUCAGCACGAUGUGAGCGACAAGGACGCCGGCAGCAACUCGAGCCACCACUUCCAGCGUGCACACCGCAAGAAUGGCGAGCUCGAGCUCGGUGUCACCGAGAUCCUCGAGGGCCGCACCGACGUCCAGCGCCAGGUCGCGCAUUCGUCCGGUCUCGCCGACUGGUCCGGUCGAGUCAAGCUUGAGCAGGCGAUGCCCAAGCUCAUCCCCGCGCUCAUCGCCGAGUUCUUUGGCGUGCUUUUCUACUCGCUCGCCGGAGAGAUGGCCACGGCCGGUUUCCUCAUCACCACCUACGCAGGCACACCCAUGGGCAACCUCACCAUGAUCGGUUUCGCCUAUGCGUUUGGUAUUACGUUUGCUAUCGUCGUCUGCGCUACCACCUCCGGUGGCCAGUUCCACCCCGGUUUCACCAUCGCCCAGGUCGUCUUCAAGGGAUUCCCCAUCAAGCUCGCCCCGCUCUACAUCGCCGCCCAGAUCCUCGGUGGUAUGGCUGCUUCGCUCAUCGUCAUGGGCUCGUGGCAUGACGAGCUCAUGAAGAUUACCCACCUCCUCGAGGCCACUGGCAAGGCGGCUACCAUCUUCACUGCCGAGGGUCCCGCAGGUGCCAUCGCGCUCUUCCCCACCCCCGGCAGGUCGAUGGGCUCCAUCUUUGUCAACGAGUUCUUCGCCGAUGUGCUCGUCGCCAUGCUGGUUUGGGCCAACCUCGACGCCUCGAACCCCUUCACUGGUCCUCAAGUCGCUCCGUACACCAUCGGUCUUGGAUUCGCCAUGGUGGUUUGGUGCUUCUCGUCGUCCAACGUUGCUGCGAACACAGCGCGUGACCUGGGUGCGCGCUUUGUGUGCGGCAUGUUCUGGGGCGACCAGUGCUUCCCCGCUGGUUACUCGGCGCUGGCUGCUCUGACCAACAUCCCUGCCACGCUCGUCGGUUGCGGCAUCUACACCUUCUUCCUCUCGGACACCCGUCGUCCCCCUGCGACGGUGGCGCUCAACCACCUGCACGAGGAGCACGUGCGUUCCGUCGAGCGUGCCGAGACCUUGCACGCCGAGAUGCUCGACCAGAAGAUCGCCCAGACCAUCAGCCGUGGCGGCGACGCCAGCGCGCUCCAGAAGAAGCGCACCAACCUCAGCGUCAAGAACUUCUGA